AUGCGUUUUUCAUUCAUAAAAGCUCUAGACAAGUUAUUUUUCAAAAACCCAACUUUAAAGUUUCAGAAAACCCUCCAAUUUUCUGUGUGUGCAAUGGAGCGCGCUUGAGCGUUCAAACGAAUUGUGUGCGAAGUGAGUUUUUUAUUUUUUCACUCCGAGAAAUCGAAAAAUUUGCAGUGUUCGUGCCAUUUUUGAUAGGAUUUUCAAACCCGAAAAGGAAAAUUAAAAGUGAGUUUUCUUACCUUGCAACAAAUGCACAAUAUUUUUCCAUCAAAUUAGCCCAAGGGCCUUCGAGUGGAGCAGUUCGAAAUAUUUUGCCUCUCAUAAAGAAUAAUAGAAAUUUCGGAGUUUCACGACUUUUUUGAUUGAAUAAUAAAAGAUUGUUUUACCUUCUGACCACUUAUUAAAAAAUGACCGGUUUUGGCAAAAGUGAGAUUCUAUUUCUAAGUGGUUAGGUAGAUGACUAAUUAUUCAAGUUUCCAUUUUUUUCACUUGGCCAAUAAAAAAUACGGAAAACAAUCAAAAGUGAGUAAAUCUUCUAGAAAAACAUUGUUUUUGAAGUUUUUUCUCAAAGUUUAAUCGGAAAAUCGUUGUAUUUGUCAAAAAAGUUCAAGAAUGACGUGAUUUUUAAUUUCGAAAACAAACUCACUGAAGCUUUGGUUGAAAAAAUCUUUUCAAAUAACUUAUUUUUAAAAACACCUCCCUUUUUCAUGUGUAUAUUUUAAAAACAUCAAACGCGCUCCAAUAAAAAUUGUUCUUUUAACAUUAUAAAAAAUCUAUCUUUUAUAGUUUUUGUUCCAACUCCAAGAAUAAAAAUGAAGUUACGAGAGAUUUGUUCUGUUCGGCACACGGAUAAAUUGCAAUCAAGUCGAGUUUGGAUGUCAUCGUGGAAUCAUUCUGGAAAAUUGAUAGCAUCUUGUGGCGAUGAUAAAACUGUUGUUCUUUGGGCAUACAAUGAAGGUUAGUCUUUUUCAAAGAACAACAUUGAAAAUAUUAAUUCGAUGAUCAAAACUCAUCUCGCAAUGCAAUUAUAAUUAUUAUUUCAUAGGAAAAUUGGAAUUUGUGAAACGAGUGGAUGGAGAACACGAAAAAGCGAUUAGAUGCGUCAAUUUCUCACAUUGUGGAAAUUAUUUGGCAAGUGCUGGAUUUGAUGCGGUUGUUGUUGUUUACGCUAAUGGAGAGUAAGUUGAUAGUUAUGUUUUCGUAAAACUUAAAAAUUAAUUUUAAGACACGGUUUCGAACAAUAUUCAAGAAUGGAAGGACAUGAAAGCGAGGUUUGUCAUAAAUAUUUAAAAAAAAUGUAUUUAAACAAAACCUGAAAUUUUUAGGUAAAAUGUUGUGCAUAUUCUCCAAGUGAUGAAUUCUUGGCAACUUGUAGUCGCGACAAAACAGUUUGGUUAUGGCAAAGUAUGUUUUGUAUAGUUUCUAUCAGGAUAGAUUAUUAAUUCCACUAAAAUAUUUUUUUAGUGGAUGAGGAACUCGAUUAUAAUGUUUCAUCGAUUAUGCAAACUCAUAGUCAAGAUGUGAAAAGCGUUGUAUGGCAUCCACAUGAACAGGUAACUUCAUAAAAAUAUAUCAUGUUCAUAUGUUUUUCAAUUUUAGUUGUUAGUAUCUUGCGGAUAUGAUUCAGCGAUACGAUUCUAUAAAUAUGAUGGAGAAGAUUGGAUUACUCAACAAAGAAUAGAAAAUGUUCAUGAAGGAACUGUUUGGUCAGCUGCUUUUGAUGGUGAAGGUAAUCGAUUGGUUACUGUAGGAGAAGAUCAUAAAAUUAAGGUAAGAGUUAAAAAAUUGCAGAUAAAUAAAUUUCUUAUAGUUGUUCAUGCGUUCAAAUAUUGGAAUAAAAUCAGCCGAAAACGAUACUUGGAUGAAAAUUUGUGAGUUAGAAGUUGAAAAUACGCGUUGGCCAUUAUAUUCUGUAUCAUGGAAUGCUACAAAUGAUCUAAUAGCAACUGGUGGAGGAGAUUCUAAAAUAAGGUAACUUCAUUCUUUUUGAAUUUCUCAAUUUGUCUCAAUUUUCCAGAAUAUUCAAAAUUGCUGGGAACACCGCGGAAAAUUCGAUCAUAGAACAUUUGGGUGUUUAUGGAAAGCAUGAACUUGAAAUUAACAGUGUAUCAUGGUGUCCAAAUCCUGAAACACCAACAUUGCUCACUUCUGCAUCGGAUGAUGGAUGUAUCAAAGUUUGGAAUAUGGAUAUUUUAUAA